CAGACAGCCUCCUUAUCCGAGGAGUGCAGGACUUCCAGAGACACUCACAGCUCCACUGAACUUGGCUGCUCAUUUUCUGACACACACUGUGGGGGAGCUUGGAUAGAGACGUGCCUCCAGUCAUUGGAGUGGAGCUGUCACAUAUAACACACAAACACACAUUUAGACAACACUCAUUUCUUACACACACACACUCACACACAUACACACACAGAGCAAACAGUCUCUUUCAUUCUCUCUCACUUGCACUCUCUCUCUCUCUCUCCUCCCUCCCAUCCACACACACACAAACACACACACAUACACACACACAGCACUACAGUAUAUCAGCGAGCGACGAGCGGCGAGCCAGAGGGGAGUGCAGAAAUGAAUGUGAAGAUUCUGACGCUGGUGAUUGUGCUCCUGGUGUCUCUGCUGUGUUCUGCCAGUGCUGGUCCAAUGGCCUCCACGGAACAUGGCAAAGAGCUGGAGGAAGCAGCUCCAGUGAGAAAGCUGGUGCAGCAAAGCCCUUUGAGGAGCGGUCAGAGCCACAGACCAGCCGGAUGGAAGCGGAGACGCCCACGGCCCCGCCUUUCCCACAAGGGGCCAAUGCCGUUCUAGAGCAAGGCACUGCUUUAAGCGCCAUCCCCCAGGUUCUGAUUUCUAUGCUCUUCCUUUGCCAUGGGGGGCCUUGCUGCUAAGGGCCUAUGCUUGCCCAGCCUGAAGAGUGAUGUCCAUAGCACCUGCUGGUUCUUCAAGCAACUCUGUCCACAAGAAAAAAAAAAAAAAUCAGGACAAGCCGCUCAACCCUUAGCUCUAAGGAGGAACGAGGGAGGGCAGUGAUGGGGGGGUGGGGAGUUACUGAGCCCCUAGCCAUCUGAUUCUAAUCCUCUGUCACCCUAAAUGACUUGAUCUAUCGCUGUCUUCUCCCAAAUUUUGUUUUUCUUUACCUAUCAUUUGCUUUUUAGACACCAUUCAUAGCAGUCUCCUUGAGAGUCGUACACACUUAGCAUGACAUGGUUCAGACUCUCUCUCUAAGAGCAUCUGUCACUUCUCCCGUGUAAUUUUCCUGUCAAUGGAAUCUAAGGUUGGCCCCCGAUUGUGUCACUGUGUAGCAGCUUAAUGGCUUUUGCAAAGGAAGAAGGAGCUAAUCAUACAACAGUUAAUUGGUCAAAUCUUAUUAUUAUUAAUAUAUUAUUUGCUAGUCUGUAUUUCUACUGCUCAAAGGAGUCAACAGUUGAAUGAGCAAUUAGAAAGGCAGGAGUGUUGCAUUUGACUGUGCUUUGCAUUUUCUAAUGCCAUCCACAUUUCAUUUUUGACAGAAACAAUUGCACACAUGUCCAAAUAAUCGACUUAAGUGGCAGAACUACUAUAUUUGGGAGAUUCUGUAAUCUGAAGCUAGUUUGGUGUUUGGAACUGCACUCGAGGUCUCUGUAGCAGCAUGUGUCAACUCAAAUGAGUCUUAAACUCCAAAUUUCAUUUUCAGUCGUUACUCCAAAACCCUACCACCUUUCUGCCACACGACUGUUAACUGGCAUCGGCAGUCUGUGCCACUUACAGGCUUGCCUUGCCUUUUAAUGAAGUGCCAAAUAAUGAAACCACUCCAAAUGCUGCCAGGGUGUGAAGAAAUUGCCUCUGUUAAAGUCUUGAAAUACUGACACGCAUUUGAAGCGAGGGGUGAAUCAACAUUGGAUCAUACCAUUUCAAUUACUAAACCUCAAAUGGCACUUCAUCCUUGGCUAAAUACUCCCAGUUUGGGAUUAUCUGAAUUAUACACCUUCAAGGGUCGGCAUCUUCUUGAUGCCUGGAUUUAUUCCCCUGCAUUACUUAGAAGAAAGUGUCGCAAAUGAGAAACCUCGCAGGAGGCACACCCACUUUUACCUGGUUAUUCCUUGGCUCAUGCCCCAAAUCAAGAUCACGAAUGGUCCUGCUGUCUAAUCCUAUAGUGACUUUAAACCUUUGACCAAACGAUAUGCCUUUGCAUCAUACUGGAAUACAUCACUGUUUAUCUAUGAUCUCUGUGUUUAAGUCUUUAUUUUUCCUCAGGGUGCUCGCGUAGAGGCUUGUACUAGAUCAGUCUAUCAUAUAAAACAAUCAUAGAGUUUGCAACAUUUAAAGCUUAUAUCAGCAUAUUUUCGUAAACAUCAUUACUCUCAUUGCGUGUAGUACAAUAUAACCAUGUAACCAUGUCGUGACCCUUUCCGGUGGUGAUCUUUUGCCUACAUUGAGUUGGGUACAGUUGCCUUGCCAGUCCGCCAGCUCUUCCACAGCACAGGUGGUUGAGGCUUUGAUCCAUACCCUCAUUAAAACGCUGAGUUAAUCUUUCUCAGAUGGAUCUCCCCGAGGCUGACCGGGGCCACGUAGACUGAGCUCGUUGGUUAAAUUGGCUUCGACUGGAACCUCAGCCUCGACCCCCAUUCCCUCAAUGCCCUCCGUCACUUCAUAGCCAGCCUGGUUCAGUGUGUAACCAUGUCACUAAGACCUUUCACCGCCAUUUGUUAGGCUUGAGGACCAAAGCACAAACUGUGACUUAACUUAAACCCCAAGUCUCUUUGUUGCUGCAUCUCAUGCAAAUAUUUAAUCAAACAAAUGGGCGUGUAAGGCUUCCGAGCCUUUAUGAAGAGCGCAUUAAAAAUCCCAGUGGUAGUCAACACUGCCAAGAUUAUACCUUGAUUAAAAAUUUAUUAAAUCCUCGAGCACUGUGAAGCGUAAUAAUUCCAGUUCUGUUUUUUUCUUUUUCUUUCAUAUCCUGCCAGACAGAAAUGUAGAUUUUAUUAACGCUACUCGGGUGUGAGGUUGUCUAUGAUGGGGCAAGAUAGUCGGGGGACAGAAGUUUUGACGUCGCAAGUCGACUGGGUCACGACGAGGGGUUCAUAUUGAUAUCCACCACCCCACGCCCCAUCUCAGAAGUUAUUAUGACUGGAGCCGAACGUCUGUAUCCGCAUUCUUCUUCAUGAAUGUAUCCUCACCAUCUGCACCAGCCGCGCUGCCCUUCAAGAGACCAGAGCAAACCAACGUCAACCCCACACGGAAUCUUGCUGAAUAAAAAAUUCAAAGACAAAUAUCCCGCAGGUCCCAAGUAUCUGGUUUGAAGUAAUCUCAACAAAUAAGCGUGGCUUUGCUCCAAGGCCUCUCUGCAUGGGUUCGCCAGGCUGCACUUUUGCAAUUACAUUAUGCUGCUGGAAAAAUAUGCCCUGAAAACAAGAGUCUCUUGGUUUGAAAAGGUUUUCCAGUGUGUUGUGACAAUUCUAUCUUGUCCGUUUAGUUUUUUUUUUUUUUUUUUGUCUAGCUGGUUGUCCAAAGCUUACCUUUUUGACUACAGUCUGAAACGUUGUAUCUUUUGUGGAUGUAACAAAAUAGAAAAGUAGUCUGCAGCACAAUAUGUCGUGGACACGUGAAAGCUUUCAGGCAUCCCUUUUUUUUUUUUGUGUAGAUCGUAACCCAGAGCACAUCAGGUUAAUGGGCCUUGUGGUGUGGAAGGACAAGCAUGUUCAGGCUCAGGCUGAAACGGUAAACCAAUACAUUAUGCUCGAAGAGUUUAACCAUUUGCCCAAAUGGUCUUUUGCAGCAAGAGAAACCAUUUUUUGCCUCUCAAUGUUUCCUCUCCGGUUCUUCUUCUCUCUGACCAUCACAAGGCCUGAGUAAUGUUUCUAUGCACUUGUUAGCAUGUUUUCCUUCAAGAAAAUGUUUGUUCUGACACCUUGCCCCCACGUUUGUUUUUUUGGUCCAUAUCCAUUUGACUGGGUGUAAAAAUUUACAGUAGGUGUGUUACGGGUGAAGACACACAUGUCGCAAAAUAAGAUCUGCUUAAAUCCCAGUAUCAUUUUAUACUUUGACUUACAAAAUGAUGCAAAAUUAGAGACAGAAGAUUGGUACGGGCGAGUCCAACAUUUUUCCAAAAUGCAUCAUGUCAGCCUUCUGUGUAUUCCAAUCAUCUGGGCCACCCAAAGGAUGACUCGUUUUUUUUUUUUUCCUCCUGUGGGAAACGACUAUGAUCUGAUAUUAUCUCGGCGCUUGGCAAAUUAGACUGCCUACACCUAGAAUAGCACACAGGCCCCCCUCCUGCCCUGAUUUUGCAAACAUUCUCCAUCCACGUGAAAAGCAUCAUGCCCACCACGCGGGGAGACUUGCGAGCUGGCAUAACAGUGUUAUGAGGUCCCAAGCGGAAAGAAAAUGUAUUAUUCCUACAUUCAGUUUUAAGGUGUGUGCUCAAUAUUACUCACCAGGCCAAAUGUACAGUCCCCUGUCUCUGUUUUGAUGUUGAACUGGGCAAAAAUAAAUGACAUAAAUAAAAUAAAACAAGUGUAUCAGAAAUGGUUGAAAUACUGUGUACAUAUUUGAACUUUUGGUUUCUAAUUUAUAAAAUAUAAGCUUUAGCUCUUGGAGUACUUAUUUUCCCUUUCACGUGUAGCUUUGUGUUUUUAUUUUCUAUUUCUGUAAAGUGUGUAAAUAUAUCUUUAUGAUAAUAAGUAAUAUUAAAAAUCUUAUUUUAAGAAAA